GGGCCGGAAGUUCCUCUGAAAGAAGACGCCACGGUGAGCGGCCGGCGCUGGGGGUGUCCAAGGGCUGUUAACGUCGCUGCCAUGGGCAAAAGAGACCGGGCGGACCGCGGUGAGAGGAGGCACGGGCGCGACAAGAAGAAGUCCAAGAAACGGCACUAUGAGGAUGAAGAGGAAGAUGAAGAUGAUACCCCUGGAAACGACUCUCAGGAGGCAGUCCCCUCGGCGGCCGGGAAGCAGGUGGAUGAGGCCGGGACCAAAGUGGAUGAAUACGGAGCCAAGGACUACAGGCUGCAGAUGCCACUGAAGGAUGACCACACCUCCAGACCCCUCUGGGUGGCUCCUGAUGGCCACAUCUUCUUGGAAGCUUUCUCUCCAGUUUACAAAUAUGCCCAAGACUUCCUGGUGGCUAUUGCAGAGCCAGUGUGCCGACCAACCCAUGUACAUGAGUACAAGCUAACUGCCUACUCCUUGUAUGCAGCUGUCAGUGUUGGGCUGCAAACCAGUGACAUCACUGAGUACCUCAGGAAGCUCAGCAAGACUGGAGUCCCUGAUGGAAUUAUUCAGUUUAUUAAGUUGUGUACAGUCAGCUAUGGGAAAGUCAAGCUGGUCCUAAAACACAACAGGUACUUUGUUGAAAGCUCCCAUCCCGAUGUCAUCCAGCAUCUUCUCCAAGAUCCAGUGAUCCGUGAAUGCCGCCUGAGGAAUGCUGAGGGGGAGGCCACUGAACUCAUCACAGAGACUUUCACAAGCAAAUCUGCCAUUUCUAAGAUGGCAGAUAGUGGCAGUGGGCCUUCUACUUCCCGGGUGACAGAUCCACAGGGUAAAUCUGACAUCCCUACGGACUUGUUUGACUUUUAUGAGCAAAUGGACAAGGAUGAAGAAGAAGAAGAAGAGACACAGACAGUAUCCUUUGAAGUCAAACAGGAAAUGAUUGAGGAGCUCCAGAAACGUUGUAUACACCUGGAGUACCCUCUGUUAGCAGAAUAUGACUUCCGGAAUGAUUCUGUCAACCCUGAUAUAAACAUUGACCUGAAACCCACAGCUGUCCUCAGACCCUAUCAGGAGAAGAGCCUGCGGAAGAUGUUUGGGAAUGGACGCGCACGAUCGGGAGUCAUUGUUCUUCCUUGCGGUGCUGGAAAGUCCCUGGUUGGUGUGACUGCUGCGUGCACUGUCAGAAAGCGCUGUCUGGUGCUGGGCAACUCUGCCGUGUCUGUGGAGCAGUGGAAAGCCCAGUUCAAGAUGUGGUCCACCAUUGAUGACAGCCAGAUCUGCCGCUUCACCUCUGAUGCCAAGGACAAGCCCAUAGGCUGCUCCAUUGCCAUUAGCACGUACUCCAUGCUGGGCCACACUACCAAGAGGUCCUGGGAGGCUGAGCGAGUCAUGGAGUGGCUUAAAACACAGGAAUGGGGCCUCAUGAUCCUGGAUGAAGUGCACACUAUUCCAGCUAAGAUGUUCCGAAGGGUGCUCACCAUCGUGCAGGCCCACUGUAAGCUGGGUUUGACUGCAACCCUUGUCCGGGAAGAUGACAAAAUUGUGGACUUAAAUUUUCUGAUUGGGCCCAAGCUCUAUGAAGCCAACUGGAUGGAGCUGCAGAACAAUGGCUACAUCGCCAAAGUCCAGUGUGCUGAGGUUUGGUGCCCAAUGUCUCCUGAGUUUUACCGGGAAUAUGUGGCAAUCAAAACUAAGAAACGAAUCUUGCUGUACACCAUGAACCCCAACAAGUUCAGAGCUUGCCAGUUUCUGAUCAAGUUUCAUGAAAGGAGGAACGACAAGAUUAUUGUUUUUGCUGACAACGUGUUUGCCUUGAAGGAAUAUGCCAUUCGACUGAACAAACCCUAUAUCUAUGGGCCUACAUCCCAGGGAGAAAGGAUGCAAAUUCUUCAGAAUUUCAAGCACAACCCGAAAAUCAACACCAUCUUUAUAUCCAAGGUAGGUGACACAUCAUUUGAUCUUCCAGAAGCCAAUGUCCUCAUUCAGAUCUCAUCCCAUGGUGGCUCCAGGCGACAGGAGGCCCAGAGGCUAGGACGGGUGCUUCGAGCCAAAAAAGGGAUGGUUGCAGAGGAGUACAAUGCCUUCUUCUACUCACUGGUAUCCCAGGACACACAGGAAAUGGCUUACUCUACCAAGCGACAGAGAUUCUUGGUAGAUCAAGGUUAUAGUUUCAAGGUGAUCACAAAGCUUGCUGGCAUGGAGGAAGAAGAGUUGGCAUUUUCCACAAAGGAGGAGCAACAGCAGCUCCUACAGAAAGUCCUGGCGGCCACUGACCUGGAUGCGGAGGAGGAGGUAGUGGCAGGAGAGUUUGGCUCCAAGUCCAGCCAGGCAUCCCGACGCUUUGGCACCAUGAGCUCUAUGUCCGGGGCUGAUGACACUGUGUACAUGGAGUACCACUCAUCCCGAAGCAAAGCUUCCACUAAGCACGUGCACCCUCUUUUCAAGCGCUUUCGGAAAUGAUACCUACCCAGGUUACUUGGUUGAAGACUGGAUGCUUGGUCCCAGCAUUGGAAAGGGAUUUUUCAGUGUAACAUCUUCUCUCCAUGUCUAUGUACUUUACUAUAGCACCAGCCAAACUGAUCUAAACUCAGUAUCUGCUGACCAUAUUGAAGAAAAUCAACACAGAGGUUUGGUUCUGCCUUCAUGUGUCACCCAGGUUUUAAAAAAGAAGGCAAGAUUAUUUUUUGAUUUUUUUUUUUUUUCAAACUUGUUUGGGAAUGGGUCAUUCCUGUAUAUAAAAAUUUGUACUGGGGGCUGGGGUUGUGGCUCUCACACGUGAGAGGCCCUGGGUUCAAUCCUCAGCACCACAUAAAUAAAUAAAAUAGAGAUAUUGUGUUUAAAUACAACUAAAAAAAUAAAUAUUAAAAAAAAUUUUUGUACUGUUUAAAAGAUGUUUAUCUUGAUGCUCAGCUAAAUAAACAAAAUGGAACAUUUCA